AUGGAUCUUCCAAAGUAUGAAAAAUUUGCUGAAGGCUCACGACAGGGUAUCCGAAUUCAUGGCUGGACAAUUUCAACUACUAAGCUUCCAAUUUUUAACUCACAAGAAAUUGAUCGAUUACAAAAACAAAUUUCGAUUCCACUUCCGGAAAUGUUUUUUGGCAAUAAUAAGUUACAAGUAACAAAUGAAGAUGGUAUUAUUUUUGAACUAUCACCAGUGGAUGCGCUAAAAUUUAUUGAUGCAACAAAAGAAGGUGGAGAUAGAGUGAAAGUUGCAUACUCUGAAGAAUGGAAGCAUAAAAACGCAAAGAAUCAUGGACAUAUCAAAGAUGUAGUCAAGCCGUAUGAUUGGACAUAUUCUACUUCGUAUUCUGGCACAUUAAUAUAUGGACAG